GCGGCGGCAGCGGCGGCAGCGGCGCCACUCGGGUCCUGAGCUCCGUGGGCAGCGGGAGAUGAUGCUGGUGAGGUCGCGUGGAUGCUGAAGUUUCCACGGCGAGGGCGGCGAUCGCGAGCACUUGUCAGGUGCCCCCCCCUCUCCCCCCCCCCCAGCCACAACCCCAGCCCCCCCCUCCCCGUUGCUACACGUUUCCGCGGCGGAAUGAAGCAUAAUGAGGAUGUGUGACAGAGGAGUGCAGAUGUUGAUCACCACGGUGGGGGCCUUCGCCGCGUUCAGCCUCAUGACCAUCGCGGUGGGCACGGACUACUGGCUCUACUCGAGAGGCGUGUGCAGGACUAAGAGCCCGAGCGACAACGAGACGAGCAGGAAGAACGAAGAAGUGAUGACCCACUCGGGACUGUGGAGGACCUGCUGCCUCGAAGGCACAUUCAGAGGCGUCUGUAAGAAAAUCGACCACUUUCCCGAAGAUGCGGACUACGAGCAGGACGCAGCAGAGUACCUACUGCGGGCUGUGAGGGCGUCCAGUGUGUUCCCCAUCCUGAGCGUGGGGCUGCUCUUCAUGGGGGGGCUCUGCGUAGCUGCCAGCGAGUUCUACAAGAGCCGCCACAACGUGAUCCUCAGCGCCGGCAUCUUCUUCGUGUCCGCCGGGCUCAGUAAUAUAAUCGGGAUCAUAGUGUACAUAUCGGCCAACUCCGGGGACCCAGGCCAGAGCGACUCCAAGAAAAGCUACUCGUACGGCUGGUCCUUCUACUUUGGGGCGCUGUCUUUCAUCAUGGCCGAGAUGGUGGGGGUCCUGGCUGUGCACAUGUUCAUCGAGAAGCAUCGGCAACUGCGCGCCAAGUCACGCACCGAGUUGCUUAAGAAGUCCACCUUCGGUCGCAUCCCCGGGUACCGCUACCGCUUCCGCCGGCGUUCCAGCUGUCGCUCGAGCGAGCCGCGCUCGCGGGACGCCUCCCCUAUGGGCAAGGCGUUUGCGGGGCCCGCUGCCGCUGCUGACAUCUCCAUGUACACUCUGUCCCGGGACCCUAGCAAGUCUGCCAUGAGCUCCCUGCUCAACUCGGAACGGGAGUUCCUGCAGGCGCACAACUCCAUCCCCAAGGACUUUAAAGACACUCUGCACAGUAACCCCGCUAACCGGAGGACCACCCCAGUGUGAGCGAGUGGGCUUGGGGGGCAACAGUGACCCUGGUGCUCCAGGUUUGAGACACCACCAAGUGCAAAAGCACACCAGUUCCCACUACAUGAAUGGCCCCUAGGGUUUGAAAAUCUUUCUAUAAUAAAAACUAUAUGGGUAUAUAUAAAUAUACAUAUACAUAUAUAUAUAUAUAUAUACACAUAUAUAUAUAAUAUGUAUAGACAAAAUAUAACUGUUAGAUCAUUGGUGCUUCCUUUUUAUUUGUCUUUCUUCACUUAUGGCUUUAUUUUAUUAUUACCACAUCUGUGAUCAAAUAACCUACGUUGACAGGCUGCUCGAAAAGACUAUUUCCUUUUUCUAAACACCUUUCGCAGAAUAGCAAUCGCAGUUAUUCUCGGGUUUGCCCUGCGGCACGUUGUAAUGAAAGCUGUGCUGGGGCAACCUGCUCUGCGCUUGAGAGAGGGAGCGAGAGCUGUGUCUGUGUGAUGGACCGAAUCCCGCUCCCCGCCUGACCCUCACGUGAUUGUACGCAGCAGCUCGGGCUCCAGUGGUCUCGGUGGGUGGUCUCCGAGCGGCCGCAACCCUGUGCCACUGCCCGCAGUGCAUUGGUCCUCCCAGGUGAGCCUCCCGCUACACCGCACACCCCCUCUUCUCUUUCUCCACCUGGACGGACGUCCACCCGCUUCCAUCUUCCUUUCACGAAGCUUCCCCCCGCCCCCGGUUUCCACCCCUCGCAUCUGCCACCGGGCCACGCGCGGCAUCGGCGGUUAACUCUUUCCCGCUCCCCUCCCUUUCCCAUAGAUGUCAAAGCCAUUCUGUUCUAUGCCAAGUUAGUAGUAUCACAUUAUGCAAUAAGAAAAUGUAAGUGGAGAAAAGAACAAUAAA